AUGGCUAUUUUUGACACAACUGAUGAUAAAGCACCCUGUCAUGAUGGUUAUACCUCAGGAUUCUAUAAAGCAAAGUGGCCUGUUAUGGGAGAUGAAGUCACACAGGUGAACUCAACGUUCUUGGCCCUUAUUCCUAAGGAACUGUUCAUAGGUUAUAAUCAGCAGCAAUUACCACCUCCAUGUGCUCUUAAGUGGAUAGAUGAAUGUAUUACUACCACUUCAUUUUCUGUUGGGAUCAAUAAAAAGCCACAUGGUUUGUUUGCGGGAGCAAGGGGCCUUGGACAAGGAGACACAAUGUCGCCUUACUUAUUUGUUUUGGUCAUGGAGGUGUUGAGUCUCAUCCUACAUCAGUUGAUUGAUCAAGACAUGGGAUUUGCCUUUCAUUGGAAAGGUGAGCCCACGAGAUUAUUCCAGUUAGGUUUUGCAGACGAGCUAUUGUUGUUUUGCAAAGUUGAAGUUGAUUUGGUCCAGGUGCUCAAACGUGGACUAGAUACCUUUGGUGAUUUGUCUGGGCUUCGAGUUAGUCUACAAAAGAGCCACUUGAUCAUCUCACGUUCAGCACAUGGGAUCCGGGAGCACUUACUUGUGGUGCUCCAAUUUCAGGAGGGACACUUGCCAAUAAAAUAUUUAGGUUUACCCCUCCUCUCUUCACGCCUUAUUAAGCCGAUACUCGCCAAAAUGGAUCAGCGCAUCAUCAGGAAGAUUGAGAAGCGACUUCGGGCAUUUCUAUGGAAGAGAGCAUUGAAUAGCGGGUAUGCAAAGCGCGUCCAUAUGGGUCAACUGGGUACACCACACUUGCCUUCGAGAGACGUCCAUUUGGAUGGUAUCGGAGUGAGGGGCUCUUGGGGCUGGCGUAAACUUCUUCGAUUACGUCCUCUGUUACGACCUCUUAUAGACUACUGUGUUGGCGCUGAGAUAUCAUUCUAUUUAUGGCAGGAUCCUUGGCAUGUGUUUGGGCCACUUAUUCAUCGCUUCCUAUGGGGUCCACAGCUUACCAACACAGUGAUAAUGGACAAGGGUAAUAUGGUGAUGGAGGAUGGUCACUGGCUCUGGCAUUUUCUCACUAAUAUUGGCGGCACUGAUUGUCUUUUAUGUGGAUCAUAG